AUGACAGGGGGAAGGCCUCACAGGCAUAGAACACUGGUCAAGCCAACACGCUUGACAGCUCUCAUCUUAUCGACAUGCAUAUCUUACUGGUUAUAUAAGGUCAACACAAUCGUGCCUGAUCCAUACCUGGAUGAAGUCUUUCAUGUCAGACAGGCACAAGCGUAUUGGAGGCAUCAGUGGAGAGAAUGGGAUCCGAAGAUUACAACACCACCGGGAUUGUAUCUACUUUCCUAUGUCGUCGCGGCAUUAGGAUUUGUGAUAUCUCGCAAACCAGCAGUUCUGACUGCUGCUUAUCUUCGAUGCGCGAAUGGAUUUAUUCUGCUUAACAUUCUACCGAUUGUGUUGAAGAGAUUGAUGAAGCAUGUACGAGGAUCAUCAGGAGCCAAAAAGGGGGUUUCGGCGGAGCGGCAGUCAGGCUGGGAAUUUACUAUAGUAGCGUUGAAUAUCUGCCUAUUUCCGCCGAUAUUUUUCUUUUCUGGCCUUUAUUAUACGGAUCUGGCCUCGCUACUCAUCGUGCUGGAGGUUUAUCGUCGGGAUUUGGAGAGUGCUAAUGGAGCACAUUUAAAUUCCCAAAACGCCUUGUCCUCGCAUCACUCCAUCCUGCUCUUCCUUUUUGGCCUGGUGUCCCUGUUAUUUCGCCAGACGAAUAUAUUUUGGUCAGCAGUAUUCCUAGGUGGAUUGCAAGUCGUCAAGAUGCUACAUUCUUUGAGCGUAGACGCCCAUUCCUCUGACAUCACAUCAAUUAUGAAGUCGAGCUGGGGCCUUCGACAAGUUUACGAUCCACUGGUUAGAGAGGCAUUUUUUGAAGACUAUCUCAAGGCUUGUCUAUCAAUCGGAAUCGCCGCAGCGGUGAAUACUCGCGUCAUCUUCGUUGCAUUUUUACCAUACAUCAGUCUCCUUGGUGCAUUCGGGAUGUUUGUUCUUUGGAAUGGCAGUGUGGUUCUUGGUCAUAAAGAAUUCCACACAGCCGGGCUGCAUGUCCCUCAGAUGCUGUACAUCUGGGCCUACUUUAUGUUCUUUUCCUGGCCGGUUAUGGUCGCGCCAUGGGUUCUAGCUCUGCAGAGAGCUUUCAGCUCUAAAAAUGGCAUGCGUGAACUCGUCAAAAGCCUCCCUCGACUUAGCAUUGCGGCGUGUUUCGUUGUGAUGAUGCUCCUAGCGGUCCAUUUCAACACCAUUGUUCACCCCUUUACUCUUGCCGAUAACCGCCAUUAUGUAUUUUACGUUUUCCGGAUGCUACUUCGAAAGCCGUUCAUCAAGUAUGCUGUCACUCCGGUAUAUUUUCUCUGUGGUUGGGCCUCCAUCUCAGCUUUCGGCGCAGGAACUUCAACUGCAGCAGAACACCAGCCUGGUCCAGCCCCUAUGAAGUACAAAAAGGCCGUUGGUCCAGCAUUAACAGAAGGCACAGCUGACUCUCCGAAUUCCCUGCACUCUAAGCGUGAUGACCCAACUGAUGGAGUCCGAGUCAGCUUUGUGAUCGUGUGGCUCGCAUCAACAACUCUUUGCCUAAUUACCGCACCUCUCGUUGAGCCACGGUAUUUUAUCAUUCCUUGGGUCUUAUGGCGGUUACAUAUCCCCUCAUCGAUAUAUUCGCUGCAACUAAGCCGAAGCGACAACAUCAAUGCAUCCUCCAACGAGGCGAGCAAGCAGCUCAUCCGAUACUUACCUCUGAUAAUCGAGGGAGUAUGGUUCUUGAUAGUAAACGCGGUGACAGGGUACAUGUUUUUAUACAGAGGGUUUGAAUGGCCGCAAGAGCCGGGAAAGGUGCAGCGAUUUAUGUGGUAA